UCACCAGGCAUCAGGUCAUUUGGCUCGCCAGUGGGCACCGCGUCAUCUGGCAAGGCAGUGGGCACCGAGUCACCAGGCACGACAGUAGGCUUCGAGUCAACUGGCAUUAGAUCGUCUGGCCCGACAGCGGGCAUCAGGUCACUAGGCAUGACAGCGGGCACUGGGUCAUCAGGCAUGGGAUGGUCUGGCUCGACGGCGGGCAUCGGUUCACCAGGUAUGACAGCGGGCACUGGGUCACCAGGCAUCAGGUCAUUCGGCUCGCCAGCGGGCAUUGCGUCAUCUGGCAAGGCAGUGGGCACCGAGUCACCAGGCACGACAGUGGGCUCCGAGUCAACUGGCAUGACCGCGGGCACUGGGUCAGACAUUGGAUCAUCUGGCCUGACAGCGGAC